AUUUCCAUAAAAUUUACAUUUAGUCUUUCCAUUCGAAUCUUUUGUUUUGAGUGUCGAAAGUAGAGUUCACAGCAUAUCGACAUUUUGCGUAGACUUAAAAAGAGAUUGUAGUUAAAUUUAGUACCAUGUUGUAUUUUCUGGUUCUUCUUGUUAUGUUUUACAUUUUAUAUGACGUGAAUUACUUUGUGAGAACUUAUUUUACCGUGUUAUCGGGCAGAUUGUAUCAGCGGAAUUAUACUUUGGACGAAACAACCACGAUUUUUGGUCUCUGUACAUUCCAAGACUGUGACGUUUCGUUUCGUUGUAUUCGUGAGGCGAGGCUGCUAAGAGAAUUGGAUUUCGCAAGGUACCACUUCUAUGACCGUACUGGUGUGUACCAGCGCAGCAGAGACCUCAGAAUCAAGUCGUUGCAAGGAUGUACUCUCACCCUCACUAUGGAACCCGUGCCACUGUUUUCAUUUUACAAGAUUAACACGAAGCUCGUGUACUGGGAUGAACGUUCAUUAUUCUUUGAACAUGAAGUGAUUACUUUACAUGACGGUAAAGUUCGAGCCUUCCUGGUUUCGAGACAACAUGCUAUAGGAGAGAAUGGUGACUCUUCAGAGGUCCUGUUGGGAGGGUUGCCUGGCUCACAACACAGACGAGAAUGCCCCGAGUAUCUCAAACAUUGGUUCCGAAGUAUGGAAGUGACGAGUGAAAAACUGAGACAUAGCAGAUGAUAAUAGAGUUUUAUAUACUCAUUGCAAGUAAAUUAUCAGAUCAAAUACUUAUAUUGCAUACAAUACAAACAGAACAAAAAAUCCCAAGUUUUUAUUUUUUAUCAUUAUAAAACAUGUGUAUUAUUUUGACCAAUAGUUUGCCAGUGUGUUUUAUUUGAAUGAGGUGAUACAAAAUAAGGCCUUCAUAGGACGAAGACUCUAAAACAAUACUGUGUGUACUAUGUGAUGGAAAAUCGAUCUCGUUGAUGUCUUUUCUAUUAAAUAAUAGACGUAUUUCGCCUCGGAUGGCGUUCACUACUUGACCGGAUAUUACUGGCAAUGUAACUAUUCGAAUAUGUGUGUUAUAGAAAUAAAAAAUA